AUGAACUUUGAUGAUAUAAAAAAUAAGAGAAAAAGUAUCUUCUUUGGAGAUUCUGAAUCGAGUAGUGGAGAUUUGAGUGCUUUCACAAAGCGUGGCACUAUCACUCCAGGAAAGAUAGCGAAUGCACGUGAGGGUGAGUUGUCACAGAUGGAAGACACAGAGUCUGAACAGAAAUUUCAAGAGAUCAUCGAACUUUUGGUGACCGGUGGUUACUUUCGUGCUAGAAUUCAAGGUUUGUCACCAUUCGAUAAGGUUGUAGGUGGUAUGGCAUGGUCAAUCACCGCUUCGAAUAUGGAUGUCGAUGGUGAUCUUUUCUUCCAAGAGAAUUCAAAUAUUCGUCAAAAGAUUGCGUUAUCUGAAGAGUUAAUUAAAGCGUUGAAUAGAAUGAAAUGUCCAUUCCCACUACAGGCACAACAGAUUCAAGGUCUCAAUUAUAUCAAUUUGUUCCCGAUUAUUAGAUGGCUGAUUGCCAAGGUUAUCGAGACACGUGAGGAAACAGGUGAUCUUUUGAGAAUGUACUCGCAAUCGAUGUUCAAUAAGGAUUUCAAGACACCGGCUGACGUUGAAACCGCUACCAAUUUGGAGUUGUCUUGUAAUUUCGUGGAGAAUGUAGAGAAUCGUUAUAAACCAACCAGAAAGUUCAAGCGUGCUCAACUCGCCAAUCCUACACCACAACAAACACUUUUGGAGUAUGGCAAACUUCACCGUGUCUCACGUCAACAGGCAUCGGACAAGUCGGCUGCCAGUCAAAAGUUGGAGGCAGCACUCGGUGGCAAAGGCGCCGCUGCCAACGCCGAGCCAGACGACCACGAAGAGGAAGAGAAGCGAAUUCACCAGAUGAUGAAGGGAAUGAAGGGUGUCGAAGGCGAUGGCAGUGGAAAAGUCAGUGGUAGCGUACUAAAGAACUAUUUGCCAUCCGACGAAAUACAGGAUUUGAGCGAUCGUCAUGCCGAGGGCUCCGGAGAAUCCGGUGGAAAGAUGUUUGGCGGCGAGAAACUUCAUCGCCAAAAGGUGUCGGCACUCGAGAAACAGAUACAACAAAAGAAGGAGGAGUUGAAGCGUUUGGCUGCCGAGCACCGUGAGCUUGCAGAGCGACUCGAAGAGAUGCAAAACGAUGCCAACAAGCGUGUUGCAUUCAACGCGCGAAUCGUCUUGGAAACAGAGAAACUCGACGCACUCGAAACACCAGAGAACACAAAGAUGUUGAAAGCGCUGCGUGGCUUGGUGUUGCUCAACGAGACUCUGAUUGCUCAGGAGGCAAAGUUCAAGGAGAGUUGCAAGCGUCAGAUGGCAGAAUACAAACAAAAGAUUGCAGAGCUUGUCAAGGGCGACGACAUUGACGAGGAAGACACCGAACAAACUCAAACAACUACUCAACAAGAAGAACAGAGACAUUUCGCUGCUGCAGCGUCACAUCGACGAACUGCCAAGUCGUGCGGAACUCUUGCAGUACCAGCGUCAGUUUGUGGAGUUGUCGGAGCAGUCCGAUGCCAAGUUGACAGAGACACGUCAACCAAGUAUAAUGUUGCAAUGUCAUCGACUUCAAACAAGGAGAUGUUUAUCAAAUCGAUGGAUAACAUCAUCGACGGUAUCCAACAGGUACUCGACAAAGCAGAUUCAAAGAGAGCAAACGAACGAUCGAAACACAGUUCUCUCUCUGAUCAAUAUCUACAAUUGGUCGAACAAGAGAGAAACUACUACAAAUUCACCAAAGAAUUCCAAGAAGAGUGUCGUAAGAAUGAAAUUCUUCAAGCUAAACUGGGUGAACUCACUGCUCAAUAA